AUGGCGACCCGCAACACAAGACGUUUUGCGUUCCGCAGUUCAGCAAGACUGAAUCCAAAGGUUUAUGGCCCUUUCUUUUUCGAGGGAAACACAAAUACGGGGCAAGCGUAUCUCGAAAUGCUGCAGAAAUGGCUCUUUCCACAACUUGAUGAAGAUUCCGAUUACUUCAUUUUUCAGCAAGAUGGAGCACCGCCACAUUGGCACCUGCAGGUUCGACGUUUUCUAAGUGACAAACUGACCCAACAGAUCCGCCUGCAGCUGGUCGAGCAGCUCAAGUGCCUGGAGCAGCAGACAGAGCUGCGGCAGCAGCUGCUGCAGGACUUCCAGGACUUCUUCCGUCGCCGCUCGGAGCUGGAGUUGGAGUACGCGCGGGGCCUGGACCGCCUGGCCGAGCGCUUCCUUGGCCGCGCCCGCGCCGCUCGCGAUCAUCCCCAACUCAGGCGCGAGCAGAGCGUGCUGUCACCUGUCAACUGCUGGUACCUGCUGCUGAACCAGACGCGGCGUGAGAGCCGAGACCACUCGGCCAUCAGCGACAUCUACAUCAACAACCUGGUCCUGCGCUUCAGCCAGAUAGGGGAAGAUUCCACGCGGCUGCUCAAGAAGGAAAUGCCCGUUAGUUAUUUCCCACUCCUCCAGCCGCUUCGGCCCUGGAACCGGGUAUUUCUAAAUCACAGUCACUGGAAGUACCCGCAGCACACCAUUACCGAUCUCGAGCUAGCAAACGGGUAUAACGAAGAUAGCUAUUAUCCCGCAUUAAAACAGUUCACCCAACUGUACGGUCGUCGCUACGUUCUACGCGCUCUAAUGACGCAACUUCCAGGAAGUGCGCAGAGCACUGAUUCCGGUCUCUUCAUAGAAGAUGAUACUACAGUUUGCGUACAGGUCAAGGAAACCAUCGGCUCGGUCUAUUUGAACAAAGGCUGUUAUCAUGCCAAGUCCAUCUACUCUCUUUUAACCGUCAGCGCCAACAGCCGGAUAAUAGAUACCCAUGCCGGCAUGGAGCUCGAUCUUGGAAAUUCUUUCUCUGACUCGUCAUUAACGUUCACUGAGGGUUUAAUCGACGUAUGGACGCACGGUUUAUCGAUGGGAAAAUUACGAGACGGUCCCGUAGACGCAUCGACCAAAUUUCAGCGCAUUACUGUAGGUCCCCCCAAGUCUAAAAGUUGUCUACCGCCCUCCUCAGCCGAGUCCGAAUCGGCCGAUGCGCGUUUCGGGAAUGUUUACAGAUGGAUCGAGCAUGAACAAGUACCCUUGCGGUUCUACGGCUGCGGCUUUAUAGACGGUGGGAGCUCGGCUGGCGAAAACCAAACGAGUAGCAAAACAUACGGAGACGAUCCAUUGGAGGACGAACAGAGCAGUCGCGACAUCAACUCCGUUGCCGGGGUGCUCAAGCUCUACUUCCGCGGCAUGAAGACGCCGCUUUUCCCGAAGGAGAAGUUCCACGACCUCAUCUCCUGCGUCCAAAUCGAAAGCUCGUCGGAGCGAGCUGCCGGGAUCCGCAAAGUCAUUCAGACCCUGCCGCCUCCCGUCGUCGUGGUCAUGAGAUACCUAUUCGCAUUUCUCAACCACCUCUCCCACUACAGCGACGAGAACAUGAUGGAUCCCUACAACCUGGCCGUGUGCUUUGGCCCCACGCUCAUGCAAGCGCCCGACGACCAAGACUUGGUGUCGUCUCAGACGCACGUCAACGAGGUCAUGAAGAGCGUCAUCCAGCAGCACGAGUUCAUCUUCCCCGGGCAGCGCGACCUCCCGGGUCCCAUCUACGAGAAGUGCAUGACGGGCGAAGAUUACUGUGAUGGGCUGCCCUGUGGCUCCACGCUGCCGGAGGAGGUGGACGUUGACACUGGCACAGAGCCUCGCUCCAGCGAUGAUGAGUCUGAGCCGAUCGAGGCUAUUGCCAAGUUUGACUAUGUGGGGCGAUCGGCGCGCGAGCUCAGCUUCAAGAAGGGCUCGUCGCUGCUCCUGUACCAGCGCGCGUCCGAAGACUGGUGGGAGGGGCGGCACAACGGCGUGGACGGCCUCAUCCCGCACCAGUACAUCGUGGUGCAGGACACUGAAGACACGCUGUCCGACAGCUUGAGCCAGAAGGGAGACAGCGAGGCGAGCAGCGGCCCCCUCCUGGAUGAGAAGACGUCCUCCAAGCACGACAUUCACUCCCCCACCGAGCAGCUGCACGAGCCGCAGUUUGAACGGCAUCGGUUGCGCGCGGAGGGCGCGGCGCUGAACAUGCGCGACCCGGCCCGGCGUAGCAGCGACGGCCGCAGCCCCGUGCGUGGCCCGCCCCCUCCGUCCGCGGACGCCACCCCGUCACGGCCGCCCUCCUCCGCGCACCACCUGCAGCAGCCGAGGGUGGGCAGCGUGCGGGCGGCCGUGGCGGCGGCCACGCAGGCGCAAGGCAGCCCGGAGCGGAGGAGGUUGGGCAGCACGGGUAGCGGUGGUGGUGGCGGUGGCGGCGGCGGCAGUGGCGUUGUGGGUGGUGGAUUCCCGCAGAGAUUGGCCGCGCCGCCCGAAAGCCCCACGGGGAGAAGUUCAACGUCAUCGAGUCGACACAGCAGCCUCGACGAGCCCAAGAUCACUCACGCCGAGGAGAUGGACGACUCUGUGAACUCGGCGCUCAGCGACCUCCGUGAGCUGCAGAGGCAGAGCUCGGCACGGCACACGCCAGAUGUGGUACUGGACACGUUGGAUACUCUGAAACCACCGCCAGGCCCCGCGGCACCCAUCCCUGGCAGCCCCUCGCACCGCCUCGGCGUUCCCGCAGCCCCGCCGGGGCCAUCCGUACGCCGCAGCGCGAGCAGCGCCAGCGAGAUCAUGACCACCUUCCGCCCGCUCCUGGAAGCAAAACUGAGCUCGCAGUUGAAGUCUCAACAGCAGCAACAGCAGCAGCAGCUGGGAGCAAGGCCGAGGCAGGGAGGCGGGGCUGCAGGGCAGCCAAGGCCAGCGGCGCCUGGCACGCCCGACAAGUCGUGCACUAUGUGA